GUGUGUUAUAUAUACAUGGCUCCAUCCCGGUACAUGUAGGGGCAUGUGAAGGACAGUAGCAUCUGGCCACCCCGCUCUUCUUGAGCUAGCGACUCCGUGCUUGAGUAGCAAAGGAGCGAGUGAGCAUUUGGUUCUCUGCCAUGGCGACCACAACGGCAGAAAGGGAUGGAGUUGAGGAGGAGCAGAAGAAGAGGAAGCAGGGAGGCUUCAGGACCAUGCCAUUCAUACUGGCGAACGAGAUCUGCGACCGGUUCGCCACGGCGGGGUUCGGCGCGAACCUGAUCACGUACCUGACGCAGCAGCUGCACCUGCCGCUGGUGGAGGCGUCCAACACGCUGACCAACUUCAACGGCACGUCCAGCCUCACCCCGAUCCUGGGCGCGCUCGCCGCCGACGCCUUCGCCGGCCGCUUCUGGACCAUCAUCGCCGGAUCCGUCUUCUACCAGCUCGGCAUGCUCGCCCUCGUCGCGUCCGCGCUGCUCCCUUCGCUCCGCCCCGCGCCGUGCGCGCCGACGCACGGCGCCGCGUCGUGCCGCCGCGCCACCGGGUGGCAGCUCGCCGUGCUCUACCUCGCCCUGCUCUGCACGUCCCUCGGCUCCGGCGGCAUCCGCCCCUGCGUGGUGGCGUUCGGCGCCGACCAGUUCGACGGCCAGCAGCAGAAGCAGCGGCAGAAGGGUGGCGGUGGCGCGGCGGCGGCGGCGGCGGGGAGGAAGCGGAGCUACUUCAACCUCUACUUCUUCACGAUGGGGCUCGCGGUGCUGCUCGCCCUGACGGUGGUGGUGUACAUCCAGGAGAACGUGGGGUGGGGGUGGGGGUUCGGGAUCCCGGCCAUCGCCAUGUUCGUCUCCAUCGUGGUGUUCGUGGCAGGGUACCCGCUCUACGUCAGGCUGAAGCCUGGGGGCAGCCCGUUCACGCGGCUGGCGCAGGUGGUCGCCGCCGCGUUCCGGAAGCGCCGCGCCGCCGUGCCGGAGGACCCCGGCAUGCUGUACCAGGACAAGGAGCUCGACGCGCUCAUCUCCACCAAUGGCAGGCUGCUCCACACAAACCAGCUCACGUUCUUUGACCGAGCUGCGAUCGUGACGCCGGGUGACAUCGCCGGCUCCGGCGAGCCGGACCUGUGGCGGCUGUCGACGGUGCACCGCGUGGAGGAGCUCAAGUCCAUCGUCCGGCUGCUGCCCAUCUGGUCGGCCGGCAUCCUGCUCGCCACCGCCGCGUCGCACAACGGCACCUUCACCAUCCAGCAGGCGCGCACCAUGGACCGCCACCUCACCCCUCGCUUGGAGAUCCCGCCGGCGACCAUGUCCAUCUUCACGACGGUGGCGAUGCUCGCCGGCCUCGCCCUCUACGACCGCGCCUUCGUGCCCCUGGCGCGCCGCGUCACGGGCCUCCCCUCCGGGAUCACCUACUUCCAGCGCAUGGCCAUCGGGCUGGGCAUCUCCAUCCUCGGCGUCGCGUCGGCAGCGCUCGUCGAGGUGAGGCGCCGCGGCGCCGCCGCGGACCACGGCCUCCUCGACAGCCCCGCCGCCGUCGUGCCCAUCAGCGUGUUCUGGCUGGUGCCGCAGUACGCCGUCCACGGCGUGGCGGAGGCGUUCUCGUCGGUGGCGCACAUGGAGUUCCUGUACGACCAGGCGCCGGAGAGCAUGCGCAGCAGCGCCGCCGCGCUCUUCUGGCUCUCCAGCUCCCUCGGCAACUACAUGGGCACGGUGCUCGUCACGGCGGUGCAGCGCGCCACGCGCGGCGGCGGCGAGUGGCUCCAGGACAACAUCAACCGGGGCAGGCUGGACUGCUACUACUGGCUCGUCACCACCCUCAUGGUGCUCAACCUUGGAUACUACCUCGUCUGCUUCCACUUCUACACCAUGAAGCCAUUAGAGGUGGCAGAGGAAGACGAUGACGAGAAGGAGUGUGAGCUCUCCUCCGUCCACAAAAAUGGCGGCCCCGGCGGGUUGGUGUGACGAGGUAGAUUAGGAUAAUUUUAUCAGGGUGGAUAAUGUUGUUAAUUACGGAGUACGAAGUAAUUAGCUGUGCAUGUGCAUGCCAAAUAUAAUGGUUGCAAAAUACAGCCUUUAGGGCAUGUACAAAAAUAGAGUCAGAUAUGAGUCUCUAUAUUAUUUAGAGACUAGCAUCUUACAACAGUUAGAGACAAUAUGGUUUCUAAUCAUUAAUGUAUCCAAAUACUUUUUCUUACUCUU